CAGCCUAGCCCUAUGCAACGGUUAGGUGAAGAAAACCUUUACCCACCAACCCCCGCUUUUGUACAGACUACAGCUACAGAUUAUUUGUUGACUUGUAAAGAGGAGAGAGUCUAAAGACAAUUGCUUUGCUCGCUCACUCCAGCCAACCUCGUCGUCUCCCUCGUCUGGUUCUUCUUUGUUGAUUGUUCGCUGUCUGUCUGUCUGUCUGUCUGUCUGUCUUGUCUUCGGAAUAUUAAUUCAGGAAAGACAAGCUUUGCGCAACAAAUGCAAAUGUCAUUGCCUUGCGUAAAACAACCCGAUGUCAUCACCUGCAAAGCUGCGGUGGCAUGGGAAGCUGGAAAGCCUUUGGUGAUAGAGGAAGUGAAUGUGAAUCCACCUCAGGCAAUGGAGAUAAGGAUCAAAGUCGUCUGCACCUCUCUCUGUCGCAGUGACAUCACUGCCUGGGAGUCUCAGGCUAUUUUUCCUCGAAUAUUUGGCCAUGAAGCAACAGGGUUUGGGUUAGAGGUGAUACGUGAGCUAUUUUUCAGGAUUGUCGAGAGUGUUGGGCAGGGAGUUACUGAGUUUACUGAAGGGGACCAUGUGCUAACAGUCUUCAUUGGAGAGUGCGGGAAAUGCAGGCAAUGCACAUCAGGUAAAAGCAACAUAUGUGAAGUACUGGGGCUGGAAAGGAGAGGUGUAAUGCACUGUGAUCAGAGGACGCGCUUCUCCAUUAAUGGGGAGCCCAUUUAUCAUUAUUGUGCAGUUUCAAGUUUCAGUGAAUAUACUGUGGUGCACUCAGGAUGUGCUGUCAAAAUCAGCUCAGUUGUGCCCCUGGAGAAAGUAUGCCUUCUCAGUUGUGGAGUAGCUGCAGGCUUGGGUGCAGCAUGGAAUGUUGCUGAUAUAUCUAAUGGAUCAAGUGUGGUGAUAUUUGGUCUUGGGACCGUAGGCCUUUCUGUUGCACAGGGUGCUAAGCUUAGGGGAGCAUCUCAAAUAAUUGGUGUUGACACUAAUCCUGAAAAGGGAGAAAAUGCAAAAGCUUUUGGAAUUACAGCAUUUAUCAACCCUCAUGACAGCAAAGAUCCUAUUCAACAGGUUAUUAAGAAUCUGACAGAUGGAGGGGCUGAUUACUCAUUUGAAUGUAUAGGUGACACUGGAAUGGUAACUACUGCUUUGCAGGCAUGUUGCGAUGGAUGGGGGUUGACAGUUACACUUGGUGUGCCAAAAGUGAAGCCGGAGGUAACAGCUCAUUAUGGAAUAUUUCUUACUGGAAGAACAUUGAAGGGAUCUCUAUUUGGAGGAUGGAAACCUAAAUCUGAUCUCCCUUCAUUAGUAGAUAUGUACACAAAAAAGGAAAUCCAAGUCGACGAGUACAUAACACAUAACCUGCCAUUUGAAGAUGUCAACAAAGCUUUCAAUCUCAUGAGAGAAGGGAAGUGUUUGCGUUGUGUCAUCCACAUGGCAAAGUAAUUUCUCUUCUUCUGUCAUAUUGAAGUUGCCUUGCCUGGAUACACGUGAGAGAGUUAAUUGUUUGUUACUAUGUUACAUAACCCGCCGUAUUACUUGUUUGUUUCUAUGUUAAAACUAUUCUUAAAGUACUUAUGGGCAUGUACACUAGCAUUCUAUGGGAUUUGAGAAGACAGUUUUAAUUCAA